CUUACGAUCAUUCUGUGUGGUUCAGCCUACAUGUGGUGACCAGAUCAGAAUGUUGUCCUCCGGUUUUCUCCUGUGCCUCGGUGUUGUUGGGACCUUGGGCCUGCCCACGGUCAUCCCAAACCGCCCUCGGCCGGAUGCCCUGGGUGUGCUCAGUGGUGCCCUGGGUGUGCCCACAGUAAUACCAGGCCGCCCGCCAUGCCAGGAGUCCCAGGGUUCGGAAGGAUGCUGGAAGUACGGAGUGUUCUGUGUGGAGGGAGAAGCCAUUGCCUGGGACGACUGGGGAGACUGUAACAAGUGCUCGUACCAGGGUGAGCUGUACGAGCCUGGCGAGACGUUCAGUACCGGAGCUGAGGACUGUGCCUGUCCGCAGGAGGAUGGGGUAAACUAUGGUGGAACUUACAGGGACCCUGUCUGUACUCUGGUUGCCCCAGUCCCGCCGACUCCCACACCAGUUCUGCCGACCACAGUGUCCAGCUGCCAGCCCUGGUCCCAGGCGUACGGCUGCUGGGUCAUCGGGGGAGCCUGCAUCCACGGACAGGAGGUUCUGUGGACAGACUGGAGCAGAUGUCCCAACUGGUUGAAGAAGAAGGUUGAAAAUAGAGGCUUCAAAGUCAGCAGCAUUGAGACCUUAAAAACAAACUGAAAAGAACAUGUGUACGUGUACGUCCCUCUGAUACAAAUGUGUAUCUUCUAUCAGAACAUUCCCAUUUGUAGGAACGUCAAAAAAUGGACUUAA